GCUCUACUUGAACACUGUGAUUCUGUGCAACGGCAACUGUACACUGUGAUUCAGUUUAAUAUCUGACACGUGGGCCAAUGGCCCACACGAUAUUAAAUUAAUAUUUUUAGGGGGAGAAAGCCCACUACUAGAGCUUGCUUCAGGGGCCUUCUCGCGGAUCGUCCUUGCGUCGAACUAUUUCAUGGGCCUGGCCCACCCCACCAAUAACAGUCCAGUACUUUUCUCGGUCCGCUUCUUGUUCAGGAUAGCCUUUCAAUCCUGCUAAUCAGCCGACGCCGUACAUCGCGUUUCUUAAUCAUUAAGUUGGCCACGUAGAACUCGACAUAAUAUCAUUUUCGGCCCCAUAAUUAUCCUCAUAAUUGCAUCAAUUAAUUGCCCAUCCCAUUCUUCCUAUUUCGUGGCUCAACUAAAUUCUUUUAUUUAUUAAAUUCCGCCAAAUUCCGGUCUUUUCUGAAAGAAAGCCGAAAAACUACAGUAUCCUUUCUCAGAUCUGUGAGUUUUUCAACAAUGGCGACCAAGUCAUCGCUUCUUCUAGUCUUCCUCCUCCUCCUCGGCUCCCUCUCACUCAGCGCCACCACCGCACAGACUCCCAAUCCAUCAACCCCGGCCGACUCCGACUCCAAUUCUCCUUCUCCUACUCCAUCUCCCGAAUCCGGAUCUCCAUCCCCCGUUUCCAACUCGCCUCCUGCGCCUCCUCCCUCAGAUCUACACUCCCCUGCCCCGAGUCCGGCUCCGUCUGAUGAAACCUCCCCGGCGCCUUCUCCUCCGGAAGCUGUGGACGGUAACAAGAGCGGCGACGCGAUGGCGACGGAGGACGGCGAGAUCGCGAAUUCCUCCGGGAUGAGCGGCGGGAAGAAGGCGGGAAUCGCGGUGGGGCUGGUGGCGGCGGUGUGCGUCGUCGGAUUCGCCGGGAUGGUCUACCGCAAAAGGCAGCAGAAUUUGACGCGGGCGCAGUACGGCAACGCCGCCAGGGCGGAUCUCCUGUGAAACCGCCACCUGGAAACCGCGGCUGCACGGUUCACUCCCACCGCCGGUAAAUACGGGAUUUUUUUUUUACCACUGUUAAAAGAAAAGAGAAAGAAAAAAAAUGAAAAUAGAAAGAUGUGGUUUAUAUAGUAAUAAUUGAUUGAUAUUAUGAUAAUUUUUUAUUACGAUUUGAUUCGUAAUUUUGGUUUGAUUGCAUUAUAUUUGAUCUUGUAUUGUUUAUUUACGGUAUGGUUUUUUGAUUAUUCACCUCGAUCCUUAUCUUGGGCCUGUAGAGUUUAAUUG